AUGAGUCAACUUGUGACGCUUUUCACACACCGGUAUGCCGGUAAUAUCUUCUGUGCGGACCUGAAGCGCUUGACCAACAUCUGCGAGCAAAAUUCGCAGUCUGGGCAAGGACUCAAGAAGAUGAAUCCGUUCAUCAUGGCCACCGUAGAUGCUAUCCUUGCCCCAAGAGCGUCGCGACGGCUGUGGAAUCUCUCGGGUUGGGGUACUGCUUCAUCUGGGCUGUUCGCAACAAAGCUCGUGAGAUGGCAGAGCUACUGGGUAACCCUCUUCGAACCUUGGCGCUUGUUGGCAUGGCGAUCGGCAAGCUGGACAGUUCGGGGCUGGCGGACAUCAAUCAAGCCCCGACUGCCGAUGGAAGAAGUGUUGCAUAGGGAGAGAUGGAGCGAGAAAGACCACACGGGCCUCACAUCUUCUUACAACGACAAGGCAUUGGGCGAGUUCUACGCGAAGCAGCAGAAGCACAGCCUAAAGCCUUGGAGCCACCAUAUGGCUCUACAGGAUAACUUGGAUUCUCGUCUCUGUCUCGAUAUGGGUCUCAUCGAGAAGGUGUUGGGCUCAGGCCUAGGCAUGGCAAGUGAAGCAAUCCAUGACUAUCGUGCUCGCUCUCGUUCCAAGUCUGCACAAGACCAAUCAGUUGAUUCCGCAACUGCUUCGUCAUCUAGAUUCGAAGCUUCCCAUGAAGCAGCGGCCGAUCAGACCAUAAAUAACAGCCAGAUUGAGCGCUCUAACUACUAUACAGAUGGGAACAAGCGUCAAUCCAAAGCUUCUGAGGCUGGUUACGCAGACGAGGAUGGCAACUCAACCAGCGACGACGACUCCGACAUUGUUGGGCUGAACGAUGAAGCUGCUUGGGAGCUAGACGAAAUGGCGGAGCAUGUUUCACCGCCUUCAUAUGCUGAGUCAGAGGCAGAGUCACGUACAGCAGAGGCUGCAAGAAAUGAGUCUGUUGAGAGCGAAGUGAAGAAGGAUGAGCAGGCGAUCCGGGACUUGCUGCGUAUGGCUGGACCACCACCACACCCUAUUCAGCGUAUUCCAUGUCCAGUAAUCAUUCCUCAAAGAAGGCCUCGAAAUAAAGACCGAGGCUUUGUCAGGGCAUAUGCUCCUGUGCUGGGGAAUUGUGGCGUGACCCAGGAGAUCUUUCUGAAGUUUCUGAAGGACUGGCUUGCAGCCAGCCAAUCCGACCCUUGGAUCGACGUUAUAUUCAUCGCAGCAGGUGCCGUCGGGUUGGUACCAGAACUGGCAUCGCAAAUUGUCGGAACAGUUGUACAAGUCGUUGCUGGCACAGCAAAAGAGCUGCAGUCGCGCUCAAGACGGAACACCUUUCUCGACAGAGUGAAUCAAGAGCUUUUUAUUCCCCGCGGCUUGUACGCCAUGGUGAUGGCGUUCAAGGACGAAGUACCUGGGCAGCAGCCCCGUGGGCCCUUGAGCCAGCUGGCUAAUAUGACAGGCAAGGCCCUGUUUUCGGCGGAAAGGCUAGAUAUCAACCAGACCGUUGCGAAAUACAGCAACCCCGACCCUGAGAUGUCUAAAAUGAAGAAAGGAAUUCAAAAUAUCAGGCUCGUUAGUGGAAAGACCCAUGGCGAGAUUGAACUUCCAGAAGCAGCUGAGCUCAUUUUUCCGGACCUCGAUCGUGCAGCCGCCUCGGACUUGCAUCAACAGGGCAAAGGCAAAGAGAAUGUGAACGAAAGCACGAAAGAGAAAUGGAAGAGUGCUGGGAAAUGGGUUCAAAACUAUCUGGACCGGAAGGCGCAGGCCUCUUACCGCGCGGCCGGGGUUCACCCGCGAUUCAACGAUCCUGACCAUCCUGCUAACAGUGGAUCUCUGAUUUCCCUACUUACAGGUGGGGCUAUCAAUCCAGUUGCCAGACGCCAAGAGCGGCGCGCCGCGAAACGAGAACGCAGAGCAUUGAAGCGAGAGCACAAAGACGAACGUCGAGUGACGCGCGGGAAGGCCCCAAAGGGACCAAGACACGAGCGAAGGCGAAAGGCCCAGCGCAAGGGUGGUAUUAUCAAGAAGAUUCUCCAGCAGGAUGUCUUGUACUUGUUAAUAGUGAAGUUGCCUACAGAGCAAGAGGUCCAGGAGUCUGUGGCGGAGUUGGAGCGAGCCAUGACAGGAAGGUCGUCGGCAACCUGGACGACACAUGUGUAA